AGCACAGUGCGAAUGUGCAACCCUGAAACCUUUCCCCCUCUGGAACCUGCAAGGAGGUCCACGGUUUCCGUGUGUCUUCUUAGUUUGAUCAUGUCGGGCAGAAAGCCCCGGUAUGUGGCGAACCCCCUGGAGUCUGCGAUCACCACCCCGAGCGAGAGGAUCCUGAAGGAAUGCCACAGUCUGUAUGUGGACAGCGAGAACGGUCUGGUGAAAAUUGCCAGCAGCCUCGGAGUCCGGCUCCUUCCUCCGAGAAAGAAGAUUAUCGUGAUGAUAAUGGGAAAUCACUCUGCAGGGAAGAGCUCCUUCAUUAACUGGUAUGUUGAAGAGCACAUUCAGAAAACCGGUGUGGCCAUUGAAACUCAGGGCUUUACCUUCAUCACUAGUGGUCGCAAGAGAGAGUCACUGACGGGAAAUGCAACAUUACAUCUGUAUCCUCAUUUUCGACCUAUCCUUGAGUUCAAAGGUGUGAUGGACUACCUGUCUGCUGAGAUCUCCACCUCAAAGCAGAAGAAAUUCAGCCUGGUGACGUUCGUGGACACUCCUGGUCUGGUGGACGGGGACAUGAUCUACCCAUUUGAUGUCAACAGUGCCAUCACCUGGUUGGGAGAACAGGCGGACCUUAUUUUCGUCUUCUUUGACCCGAUGGGUCAGGCGCUGUGCAAACGGACGCUCAACAUCGUGGAGAAGCUGAGCGACAAAUGUGGAGACAAGCUGUUGUUUUAUCUCAGCAAAGCAGACGAAGCCGGGAAGGAGACGGACAGACAGAGAGUAAUGAUGCAGAUUGUCCAGGAGCUGUGCCGCCGUCCAGGCCUCAACAAAUGUGGUUUUGAGAUGCCGACAAUAUACAUCCCCAACCCACAGAAGCCAAGCAGGUGUGUGAACCAGAUUGACAGCGUUUGUCAAACGAUUGAGAAGACCAUCAACCAGGCUGUCCAGAAGACUUUAGAUCAGCUGGAGAAAGACUCGGACCUCAUUUGUUCGACCAUCAGCAACAAACUGGCACAGGACAGGGCCGAUGUGGCUUCCAACAGGAGCGUUGGUCUUCACUCAGUUCUGUGUUUGGCUUUGGGCUUUUUCCUGCCGUUCCUCUUCAUCCUUAGUUUUAUUGUAAGCACCUUCUCCAAGGAGCAGCUGCACGACCUGCUGGGCGAAGGGCCGACUCAGACCGUUAUGGUCUUCACAGGGAUAGUGAUGUAUUUAUGGGAAUGGAUACCGGAGGACAAACAAGUAGUUUUUGUAAUCUCUUUUGGGGCUUUUUGCUACCUCCUGCUUUUCCUAGCAAAAUAUUUUGCUGGCCGAAGAAACAAGACUCUGACGAAGAAGGAGAAGAGGAAGAUGAUGGAGUACAUGGAUUAUAUCCAUGAUAUUGUCAAAACUAAAAAGGCUAAACUGUACGAGUGGUACCUGCAGCAGUGUGCAGCAGAACAGGACCUGUGAUGCCGCUGGUUUACAUCUGGAUGGUGGUGCUGCCUCAUGCUUUUUUUUUAAUCCUUUUUUUGUUGUUGUUGUUGUUGAUGUUGCAAAAAACAACUUAUUUGACUUCAACCUGACAUUGGUGGCUGCUGAUUUGUAGUUGAAUCAGCAGGAGUUUGUAGACAAUCACCAGGCCAGUUGUAGGUGGAACCUGUAAUGCAGCAGAGAUCACUGCCAACCUCUGUCAUCUCAGCAGCCGACGUGGAGAAGUGCCUUGUUUUUACUGCACACAGGACAAACUGUGAUUUUAGCUCUUGGGCAAAAGUAAUUUUCUCACUGGGAGGAUUUGUUCCCCUUUUCUCUUUUUGCGAUACAAAUGCUCAAAAUGUUUGCAAAAUAUCUUUUCUCCAUUUCCAAUAUUGACCCACCAGCAAAUACCUUGUAUUUUUUUAGUAUGUCUCUGUGUUGUAUCUGUCCUGAGUCCCCUACAGAAACGCCCUGACUGACAUAUUACCUGAAUGUGUUUUUGUGCAUAUAGCUAUUUAACAAUAAUCAGUGCCGCGAUUCCACCUGGGCAUUAUAAAUAGAUGUGAAGAAGCAGCAAACCUGGAAAAACUGUCCACCAUCUUGGAAAGUUUCUGUUUUCUAUAGUUUGAAACAUACAGUAGCAAGAGAUUAGUGAAGCAGGAAGAGCAGUACAGUCACUCUGCACUAAUGUGUCGCUCCUAGCUGAGCUACAGCACUGAACUGAACCGUUAGCUCCGCUUAAUGCCUUCACUCCAGUGUUUGUGAUUCAUGAAUAUUUAUUAGUGACACCAGCUGUGGUGCGUUUACUCGAAAGGGGGCGUCUGUCCAAACCAUCAUGCCUCACUAAAUGUCAGCAUUUUUGAACUGAUUAAUUUAUUUCCUGCUGAAAUGCUUUCACUAGAAUUAGCAGGCGAGUAUAUUAAUUACUUCUUUUUUUUUGCCAGAUAUUUCAAUAUUUCAAAGAGAGAACUACAAGGAAUGAAAAGAUUGGUAUCUCAUUUCUUUUAAUUCUUAAGCCAAUUUCCCCUUGUUAGAUUCUUAGUGGAUCAAAUACGUAAUUGCACUCGGUCAAGACUCCGUUAGGAUCAUUUACAGCCGAAUGUUUCACGGACUGCUGGUUUAAGUCUCUAUUUCUCUUAGCUAUGAUGAUUGUCACUUAACAAAUAGGAUUAUAAAAUUACUUAAACCAAUAAAAAAUAUUUUUAAUACAGAAAAGUGGGCUUAAUGAAAACUAUGCUUAAUGCCUGUAAGGUUAUUUUCAAAAUAUACUUUUAAUCUGACAAACGACCGUCAUCUGAAAUGAAAAACCUGUGUAUAAAAACACUUUUGCAAUUUAAACAUUUUUUAUGAAGCUUCUGUGAAUUAUAAAUACAUUAAAAAUAUUUUUGCCUUGCCAUUACCCAUAAUUACUUAUGGCUAUUUAUUUCUGUCCUGUAAAAUGUUCACAAAAAUCAAACACUUCCUUGUUUAUGUGUCAUUUAAGAGGUUAAAACAAUACAGUUGAUUGUGAUAAAAGCUCUGGUUUAAUACAUCCUUACUUAUCUCCGAUCCAAAACAUUUUAAAAGCUCUUCCUCGGGCUGUUUGCAAUAUUAUUGUGAACGCGUUUAGUUUGUUUUGUGUGUUAGAAUCCUCUCAGGUAUUCUUUCUUUUUAUAAAUAACUAUUUUAAAAUGAUUUCAUGUAUCAUUAGUCAAACUUGUGAAUUCAUCCAUUCUGUGGUAUUUAAAAAAUAAAAUUCUUCAAUCUUGAA